UCGGCAUAGUGUUGCAAUGAAUGCCAGACCAUGCUUUGGCCUUGGACCAUAAGUUUGACAGGGUCAGAUCAUUAAUCGUUCUUCUCAUCCUUCCAGCAUUGUCCCAAGACAGACAACGUCUCAUACUCUGGGUUUCCCACGCGCUGCAGUGUUGUCUUUGUGAUCUUCCUAGAUGGGAUUCGGAGACUAUGAGAAUGUGCAACAACUUGUAGAGGAGCUCUCGCUGCGGGCCGAUGGGGAAUCUGUGGCUUCUGAGAUUGAAGUACUCCAGUCUAUAUACGGAGACGAUGCGGUCCAGCUUUGGAAGCCAACAACUUCCACCAAACCCGACUCUAGUAUGACCCGAUACGAGGUCGCACUGAGUCUGCCGUCGCCGCAUGAUGAGAUCUCCAUCCGUAUCCUGGUUUCGAAUGUGUUAGACCGCUGCGAAGCCUGGUACGGCGAACACCUCAGCGCUGAAGCAGCCGGAGAACUGUCGCGAUCGGAAGCUCACCCUGAACGGCCGAACAUUGUGCAGGAAGACCCGCAUGCCAACGACUCAUCUCUUCCUCUACCCGUCCAGCCUCUCCCGCAAGGCAUGCAGAUGUGUGCUGUUAUGGUUAUUAUUUAUCGUCCGGAAAUUAUGCUCAUCAGUGGCGGUACAAGGUUCCGCCCAUCUUGGCCCACCUCUCGUCAGAUCGAAGAAUUGCACGAGCUGCACAUCCUGUCAUCAACGCGUGGCGAUGCCAGGUCGGAAACCUGCUGCACCAAGGUACGAUGCGUCAAUCGAACCGACCAUGAAACCAUUCGGCAACUCAUUCCAGACAACGAUGAUGAUGGAGAAACAGCUGCUGGCGGGCGACUGGCACAUCUUUUACACAUUCUGGAAGUCGAUAAUGUCCUGGUCGUUGUGACCCGCUACUUCGGCGGCAUCCAUCUGGGGCCAGAUCGUUUCAAGCACAUCAAUCAAGCGGCCCGCAAUGCACUGGAAUUAGGAGGCUUCCUCGAUGCUCCACGAACGACGACAAGCAAGGGACGACAUAGAUGA